AGUGCACUUCAAGCAUUCAUGUCAAGCAGAAAUUAAAUUAAACGAGUAUUUACAAUCACGUAAUUCAAAGAAAUGAGAGUCGAUACAAAAGUUCAAAAUGACGGUAAAAUGCAAUUCGAAGCUGCAUUGGAUUGGGCAGGUUUUGGUCCGUACAGUUAUGUUUUGACGACUUUGGCUGGUUUUAUUAACAUCGCAUACAUGUGUGUUUGUUACGCGACCACUAUCAUCAUCCCUGCAAGCGCGUGUGAACUGGGGACAACCACCUCCCAACAAGGAUAUAUAGCAUCGGGGCCAAGAUUCGGUGAAAUAACGGGUGCCAUUAUUGGUGGAUACUUGGGAGACAAGUUCGGACGGCGUCGGGUACUGCUCUUUGCGCUCAUCUCGUCGGCUGUACUCAACGGCAUCGCCAGCAUCUCCGUCAACUGGGUCAUGCUGUUGAUUGUGCAGUCCCUCGCAUCAUUUUGUUCUGCUGGUCAAUAUUCAUUAGCUAUGACAAUCCUCUGCGAGAGCGUUCCUAUGUGUAAAAGAAACGUACUGGUCUUGUGGGUCCUGAGCAUCUUGUGCUUGUCCCAAGGUAUUAUGGCAGUAAUCGCCAUACCCAUUAUUCCGCUACCGUUCUCAUUCUACCUUCCCGGCUUGGGCAUCUACUGGAACUCUUGGCGAACUCUACUCCUCGUCUACUCUACACCAAGUCUUCUAGCUGCUGUCUUGCUGUUCUUCAUGCAGGAGAGCCCAAAAUAUGUGUUUGCGAAAGGACAUGAAGAAGAAUCUAUAGAUAUUAUAAAAACUAUACACAGAUGGAAUAACUGGAAACCAGCAGAAGAUUUUCAAAUAAAGAGUUUGACGUUGGAUGCUAUUGACGAACCGACGUCAAUAAAAGACCAGAUCGUGCCACUAUUUAAAGCACCCCUUCUCAAAUAUACUGUGAUCAUGACUACGCUGUAUCUGUUGCAACUAAUUACAGCGUUCGGAGUCUGGUUGCCGACAAUUGUCAAUCAAUUCAUGCAGAUUGUGGAGACAGGAGUAGGCACAAACACAAGUCUGUGCAGCAUUAUCAGCGAUAGUGUUCAAGUGCCAGUUGAUCCAGACGUCGCACCGUGCGCCCUGAACGUAUCAUCACUUCUAUUGGUAAUGUCAAUGAGUGCUCUGCGGUCGUUCCUUAACAUAUUGCUAAGUUUGGUUGUGAACAGAGUUGGCUACCGCAACAUGGCUAUAUGCUUUACAGUCGUGUGUGGAGUGUCAGGCAUCAUGGUGAACCUCAUACCCAACGCCUACGCUAGCGUCGUUUUCUUCAUGAUCUUCAUGACUGGAGCUUUGGUUACGGGAAUGUACGUGGCCAUUACCGUUGCAUUGUUUCCCACUCAUCUCAGGGCGCUGGCCGUGGCUCUAACAUCAACUGGAGGAAGUAUUGGAAUGCUUGCUUCGGUACCGAUCCUCAACCGGCUGCUCGAGGUCAACUGCAGUGCUGGUUUUUAUGCAUUCAGUAGCAUUUUUCUUUCAUCAGCGUUCAUAGCUGCGUUUUUACCUGAUGACAGUCGUUCAUUGAAAAAGAAACUGGAACAGAUAGAAAAAAGUACAAAAGAUGAAAAAUUAACACAGUGCACUUAGUUUUUAUUAUAGUGUAGGUUAAUGUUAUAUUGUAAAUAAAAUAAAUUCAAUAAUUGGUAAAUCCAAUGAGGAUCCGUAACGUUUUUAGUUGAGAAUGCAGAUUUAUAGAUCUAAGAAAUCCUUAACAUACAGUGCAAAAAUUUUUGUUCUACGACAAAAAUUAACGAAGUUAUGAUCAAAUUACUAGCGAAGUUCACUGACGGCCCGGCGCGGUAGCUGUGACGUCACUAUGACGGUCUUCGCUAGUUAGCCGUUGGCAGCAAUAAGGCACGCAGUGUUUUGUUUGGUUAAUUGUGACUUUGAAACAAAUUAAGUGUCCGAUUUGUGUCUAAUUCACCUUUUUAACUAUGUAUAAAUAUUGUAUAGUGCCGAAAUGUACAAACACUUCUAUUAAAACACCAGAAAAACUAUUUUUUAACGUACCGAAAGACCCCAAAUUCGUAAAAAUUUCGUAAAAAAAAUGGUAUUCCAUUGUAAAAAGAGAUGAUAAAAUUACACCCUUUGCCCAGGCUACAAGAAAUUGCUGUGAAGAUCACUUCGAUGUACGUACCUACAUAUCUAUUAUACCUAUUAUUUAGUUGAUAUGGAAAUAAGUUGGUACCUUAUAUUACGUGUAGUGUACCUGUAUAUUCUCUUAUUUUAAGCCUGCUGUAUUAAUAAAAACAUACCUAUUUACUUUUUUUAAGUUUUGUUGAUAAAACUACGCACUAACGUAUCUACUAACGUAAACCUACAUAUUCGCCCGUUCCCAUUUCUAUGUAUUACUAGCUUUUGCCUGCGGUUUCGCCCGCGUUGAAUUCAGUUUGUCACAGAAAGUUUUUAUCUCACCGCUAUUUCAUCCCCGUAAAGUUUUAUUUUUGCGAUGAAAAGUAGCCUAUAUCCAUUUUAAGAUUUCAGAUCGAAGUCAUUAAAAUCGGUUCAGAUGUUUAUAUGUAAAAACAUCGUAUUUCGUAUUCCAGGGUCAAAACAAUGACAUAGAGACGUACUCGGGUAAAAAGCAAAGAGUGAAUGAUAAUAUUCUAUAAUCAUUUACAUAACAGCGGUGAAUUUAUGUAUCUGCCUCAGCUAUGCCUUAUUGUUAGAAACAAAUAAAUUAAUACUUAUAUACAUUUUUAUAUUUCAGUUAGAAGAAGAUAUGGAAAAUUUAAGUUUAAAAUUAAUGUUUAAGUUACUUGGAGGAAAGCUUAAACUGAAGAAGGGAGUUUUGCCUCAUAAGCUUGAAUGCCAAAAGCCCCAAAAAAAGAAAAUUGACAGACCGGGUUUUAAAAAACGACAAGACAUAGAAUAUUUUGAAAGAGUUUUAAGUAGAGAUAUUGGACAAGAAGACCUGUUGUUGCAUUCCAUUGAAGUAGUAGAGUGUGAGAAUCAAGACUCAAAUAACCUACGCACCUAAAUGAGGCCAAUCAGGUUUUAAAAAGAAACCACAAUUUUUUAAUAACUACUUUCCUUGUUUUGGCUAUUUCUGCUCUGACAUUGGAUUCCAAUCGUUUGCCUCUUUUCAUAGACAGAGUCUCUGGUACAGAGGCACCAAAUAUUUGUUCAAUCAAAGCACCAUCAGGAGUCUUGCAAUGUGUGGCUUCGUGAACUUUAGACGCGGUUAUUCUACAAUACCUUAACUCAUGCCAUAACGGUGAACUAGCUUGACAAACUGUUGCUUCCUCUGCUUUGUGAUAUUUCUCUAUGGUGAUUUUAGUAGAACAAUAAUCAAUAAAAUUAUCUGCACUAUUUAUAUUAUUGCCUUCAUUUUUGUAUUGAUGAGUGAGGUUAUGCAAGGACAAUUUUUUAUACUGAUUCUUUGUAACGUAUACUGAUAACUGAUUUUUAAUAGGAUUUUCCCUUAGGCUUUGCACAACUGCUAGGAAAAACUGAUUUGAAUUGGUGUUAUCAGUAUUUUUAUCUUCAGUAGUAACUGAGCUGUACACAUCAUCGUUGGAGCUAAACGCAAGUGUGAGUAACGAUCCAAGAGCGAGUCUUAUCCGACACUAUUCCUAUGAUAUCCCGGACGUCAGUAUGAGCGAAAUUAUAAUGGCUCUCCAGCACCUGAAAAACGGCAAGGCCCCAGGCGAGGAUGGAAUUACAGCGGAGCUUCUGAAAGCGGGUGGAAAACCGGUACAUGAAGUCCUUCAGAAGCUCUUUGAUUCCGUCCUCCAUGGUGGCAUGGUGGAGCAGAAGUGCGGUGGUCUUGUUCUUCAAGAAAGGUGACAAUGCUCUCUUGAAGAACUACAGACCGAUUUCCCUUCUGAGCCGCGUCUACGUGUUGUUUUCGAGAGUCAUUACGAAUCGUCUCGCGCGCAGACUAGACUACUUCCAGUCUCCCGAACAAGCCGGUUUCCGAAAAAUAUCCCGAACAAGCCGGUUAUCGAACGUAGAUAAAAAAGCAGCACCCUUACCUUUGUAGUUUCCAACCACGGAUUUCAGCGCUGGUGAACUUUUACUUAGAUAAUCAAAUACCAUGAAAGAAUCCACUUUUGGAAGGUUAUCUGAUUGAGCUUGCACAAAACCAGCUUCUACUUUAUUAGCACUCAUAUUAUGUACUUUUAAUACUUAAACAAUCACAAAAUAAUACGGUAACAACGCUUUAUUCAAAUAAAUUGCUAAAUAUAGUGCCCAACCGCGUCUCCGCACUCCAUCGAAUCGUGAACUACCACCGAAUACAUGUAUGUACUACUAUGAUGCGUUCGUUUCCGUCACAGUGACGUCACGCGGACCUGUGUACAUUGAUUUUUAGCGACAGUAACGGCCUAUGUUUAUUACUUAAUAUCUUCGUAAAUAAUGGUCCGAUUUGGCUAAUUCAAAAAGAUAUAUAAUUCUUAUCUCAUAAAGAAUAACAUGGAUACUAGUUUUAUUGAAUUUUCUAUAACUUUACUGAUCCUCAUUGGGCAUGCCUUAAGCGCAUUAAAAAAAUUACGUAUAACAUGACUAUACGGAAUUUUUUAAAGUAGUUUAAAUACAUUUCGACAGCACUAUCGGCUUCAACACCCUCGAAAACCAUGAAAAUGACACCCAUGAUGAAAAAAUUGGUACCUACUUCAGCCGCCAUCUUGGGUUUACAUUUCGACAGUACUUUUGGCUUCAACUCUCUCGAAAACCAUGAAAAUGAACCCAUGAUGAAAAAAUUGGUAUAGGUACCAAUGUAAAUCUAGAAUGCUGUCGAAAAUGGCGGCUGAAUUAGGAUUCAGCCGCCAUUCUAGAUUUACAUUUCGACAGCACUAUCGGCUUCAACACCCUCGAAAACCAUGGAAAUGACACCCCUGAUGAAAAAAUUGAUAUCUAUUGCAGCCGCCAACUCAGAUUUACAUUUCGCUACCACUAUCGGCUUCAGCACCCUCGAAAACCAUGAAAAUGACACCCAUUAUGAAAAAAUUGAUAUUUAUUGCAGCCGCCAUCCUGGAUUUACAUUUCGACAGCACUAUCGGCUUCAGCACCCUCGUAAACCAUGAAAAUGACACCCAUGAUGAAAAAAUUGAUACCUAUUGCGGCCGCCAUCUUGGAUUUACAUUUCGACAACCCUAUCGGUUUCAACACUCUCGAAAACCAUGUAAAUGUCACCCAUGCCAAAAAAAUUGAUACUACUUACUUUUAGUACGUACUAAUAUUAUUUAUUCUGUGCUUUUAAAAUAUUGUAAUAAAAAAAUCUCUUAUUAUUAUUAUAAUCAGGUAUUUAAGAAAUUUGGUUAUUCGAAUAUUGUGUAUUUGUACAGCGAUCUUUUGGAGUCGCUGCAAACAUCCGAAACAAUAUCCACUCACGACGGCGACUGACGUCGAACCAAAGACUACGAUGCGUCGAACUGAGUGAGUGAGUAAACUACUCUGUGGCUGUAGCUCCCUUUACAGAAAUCAUUUACAUACAAGGCUACCAAAACAAAGAACAUUUCGCCAUUUUGGAGCCGAAAAAAAUUAAUUAUAGCUAAACAAAACAAAAUUACACUACAAUUUAUAUUCAGUGGCUUCCCACAUGAUAGAUGAAAAGAUUAAAAAAUAGAUUGAGUUAAACAAUUGAUAUUUUCAAAAGUUAGUGUUUACAAGCCUUCCGGACUUGAUAAAUCCACACCAUAAGUCACUAAAACCCCUUUUUUUAUUUAAAAAUAGCAAUUAAUCGAUUUAAAAAAAUAUCAAUAAGUUCAACAAUCAUUUAUCUUUCUAACAAUAUGCUUUUUAUAUCAUUUAUAUGUAUAAUAUGAUUGCUAGAUACGAUUUUAUUCGAUAAAACGUUGGAAUCUUGAUUUUUAGGCGAUAGUAGAACAUACCUUGCGCUUUCGCUUAAGGCAUGCAAUAAAGUACAAUUAAGUUACUAUGUAAAUGUUUAUUUUGGUUAUUUAUGUAGAUAAUCGUGUAAUUAAAAACGUAAUUUGUGAGAUUCUU